GGCGGGCGGCGCCGGUCGCUGUCCUGGGUGUUGAAUCCUCUGCGGCUGCCGCUCACCGGAGCCGGGGAGGCAAAGGGAGAGCGGGAGGCAUGGAGUGAGGGCCGGCGGCGGCGGGCGGGGAGCGGAACGGCCGCCUGCGAUGGGCCAGGCAUGAUGGGGGCGCUCAGCUCCGUCCUCGCGCUGCUGCUGCCGCCGCUGCUGCAGGUCCUCGCCGCCGCCCCGCGCGGACAGCCGCUCUCUUCCGCCGGAGCCGCCGCCGAGGCGCGGAUCGGCUGCCUGGUUGAAGAUGAUCUUUGCAGAUCUUUUGAAAUCUGUGUAAAUGACGGAAUAUUUGGGAGAUGUCAGCGAGUGCCAGUGAGAGACAUAUACAAAUAUGACAUUUCACCUCCUGCUCUUCAGCGCCUGAGGAUCAUCCUGGAGAAGCUUUCACACAGAGGUUUUACUUGGCAAGAUGACUACACGCAGCAUGUCAUUGGUCAGGAGCUCUCAAACAUCCACAAAAUCCACAACAGACACCCUGACAUCUUUGCAUCUGAAGCAUCUAAUACAGGAAGGAUUUUGGAACAGAAUGAAGAUCAUGAAAGAAAAUCUCAUCUGGAAAAUGAUGUGAAUUUGGCUGAGUCUCUUCAGCAAUAUCUUAAAUAUCUAGGUCUUCUCUCUCGAUCAGCAGCUACCAAUUUCUAUCCAAGGAAGAGGAAUGACAAAGCUUCUGUCAAGAGCUACAUCUAUAAUGAUCCCGUAAGGUACUACUUGAUGCAAAAACCCAAAGAAAGAGCAACUCCAUUGGCCCACACAUCAACAUCUCAUCAACAGUAUGCUGAAAAUCUCCAUGGGAUGAACUUCAACCAGCCUCAGCCAGACAAGUUCUCAACGGAGUCAGAAGCGGGGCUUGACCAGAAAGCUCUGAUGGCUGCAUUGCAUACGUACAUCACUCAGAACUUGUCAGCACAAAGCAAUGAUAAAAGCUCUCACAGUAGGACUAAAGGGUCACACGUUUAUGCUGAUAGAUUCUACUCUUCUCAAGUUGGUCCUUUUGAUGGAAGUUUUUCCAGAGGAAAAGCAGAAGAUUUCAAAAUGAAUAAACUGUUCCAGCCACAGCCUGCCUCUGGAGUGCUGGGGCCAGCCCCCGAGAUGCUGAAUCAUAAGUCUGCUUCCCAGAAUGAUCCAAAGGACCUGUUGAGGGUAGUGGAUGGUAAAGUUGAAACACUUAUUAAAGGUGUACUGAAGGACCUAGAGAAACACCAGGUGAAUGUGGAGAAUCUCAGCUCAACUGAACUGGAUGAGAUCGCUGAUACUAUUGCUAAUGCAAUUCAGACUGCUGGCAUUCAGGAAAAAACAGAAAAUGGUGCUGGAAAAACUCGAGAAGAAAAAGCGGAAGCAAAAAUUAAGAAAGGAGAUGCUCAAGGAAAGGCAGAAAUUCAUACUGGAUUAAUGGAAAACCGUGUUAACAUACCAGACAAUGGAAUGCAUGAAGCCAGUGCCAGAACUGACCAAGAGGAAAACACUGCAAAAUUAAUUAACUUCUUGAAAAAUAAUGCAUUACCUGGAAAUAUGCCUAAAGACCUAAUACAUGAAGAAUCUACUAAGUCAGAAACCAAGAAAUCUGAGGACACUGACUCUUCUUCCUCAGAAGAAAUAAAUGCUGGUGUAGAAAAUGUAAAAAGUGAGACUUUCUCCAGGGAGCUGACAGCUGCAAAGAGCACUGAAUCUGACUCCAAAGACCCAAGUGAGACCCGCUACUGGAUGAAGAAUGCUUUAAUGAAGGAUGGAAACUCCUACGAACAGCCUGAGAAAAAUGCAGGACAAGGCAUAGAGCUUGAAGUGAAGUCUGCAGAGGAGAAAGAAUAUGGCUACAUUGUGACAGUGAAAGACCCCCUGAGUGUGGAAAAGGGCCUGGAGUUAAUAAAGGAUGUGGCAGAUCUCCUGAAGCUGCAGAUGAGUGCCUUCGAUGAUGUCAACAUGCUGGGACCAGCUGUGACCUUCAGAGUGCACUCAAACCUCCAAAACAUUUCAACUGCGGAUGUUGCCAAAGCAGCAGCCAUGAACAAAGAGAAGCUUGAAAAAACAACUGGGCUGAGAAUUCUGCAGACUGGUGUGGGGGAGAAAAGCCACGUCCCGCCGCUCCCGCAGCGCGGGGAAGAGGCAGAGUCGACCAAAUUUCUCCUCCUCACCCUCCUCUCCCUCGCUUGCAUCGCCGGGGUCCUGGCAGCAUCGGGGGUCGUCUACUGCCUACGGCACCGCGCCCACCACCGGCUCAAGGAGAAGCUCUCGGCCCUGGGGGCUGACGCCGGAUCCGAUGCUACCGCUGCUUAUCAGGAGCUGUGCCGUCAGCGCAUGGCCGUGAAGACAUCUGAUCGCCCAGAGCCCCUGCGUGCCUCUCGAAUCAAUAGUGUUUCCUCCCAGUUCAGCGAUGGGCCCAUUCCCAGCCCUUCGGCUCGCAGCAGCACGUCGUCCUGGUGUGAGGAGCCGGUGCAGUCCAACAUGGACAUCUCCACCGGACACAUGAUCUUGUCCUACAUGGAAGAUCACCUGAAAAACAAGAAUCGUCUGGAGAAAGAGUGGGAAGCUCUUUGUGCUUAUCAGGCUGAACCCAAUGCCACCACUGUUGCACAGAAGGAGGAAAACACCCAGAAGAAUCGCUCCCGGGCUGUAGUACCAUAUGAUCACUCCAGGAUAUGUCUGAAAGCUGAAAAUAGCCACGACAAUUCAGACUACAUCAAUGCUAGCCCAAUUAUGGACCACGACCCCCGAAACCCGGCCUUUAUUGCCACCCAGGGCCCUCUCCCUGCUACUGUUGCUGACUUCUGGCAGAUGGUCUGGGAGAACGGCUGUGUCGUUAUUGUCAUGCUGACACCCCUCACGGAAAGCGGAGUCAAGCAGUGCUACCACUACUGGCCCGACGAAGGGUCAAACCUCUACCACAUCUACGAGGUAAACCUUGUCUCUGAGCACAUCUGGUGCGAGGAUUUCCUGGUGAGGAGCUUCUACCUGAAGAACCUGCAGACAAAUGAGACCCGCACGGUGACACAGUUCCAUUUCCUCAGCUGGAAUGAUCAGAGAGUUCCUGCUUCCACAAGAUCGCUGCUGGAUUUCCGCAGGAAAGUAAACAAGUGCUACAGGGGUCGCUCUUGUCCAGUAGUUGUUCACUGCAGUGAUGGUGCAGGAAGAAGUGGAACCUACAUUCUAAUUGACAUGGUUCUCAAUAAAAUGGCUAAAGGUGCUAAAGAGAUUGAUAUUGCUGCUACCCUGGAGCACUUGAGGGACCAGAGACCAGGCAUGGUCCAGACGAAGGAGCAGUUCGAAUUUGCUUUGACAGCAGUUGCAGAGGAAGUGAAUGCAAUACUCAAGGCACUUCCUCAGUGAGCAGCUCGGUGUCCCGGAGGUUCCCGCAGGAUCCAGCCCUCGUUUCCUCAUCCUCAGUCCCUGUGAAUGUUCUUGGAAACCGUGACCUGACCUUAACUAUGUAUUUUCUGUUGUAACCACAUAGUGAUAGGGUCCUUAGAAACUCCUAAGCUGAUAAAAUUCAACAGUUAAAAUGUGUCUUCUGUUUUUGGGUUUUAAAACAAAUUUUAAGAAAGUACAUCAAAGCCUCGGAUUAAGUGACAGAACAGUCCACCUAAUCCCUCUCUCAUCCUCGAAGACCUGAAUGUCAAACUUGGAAAGCACACAUUCCUGUUCUUAAUAGCGAAUAUUCAGUAUUGUGGGUAACUAGUGCAGUUAAUAUAGUCUCAGAAAACAGUGUUCUGUUGUAUUUCGUAACUCCUUAAAAACCAAAUGAGAGUGAGGGGCCUGAAAGGGAUGGCAAUUGUCCCUCUACAAUGCCGAGCGGAGGCAUGGAACUGUGCAGAGGGUGUGAGUAAACACAGGUCUAGGCUCUGGCAAAGGGAGCUUGCACCUUCUCAUGCUGAGCUUUAGCAAGCAAACAUUUUCUUAACUGUUGUUUACUUUUCAGCUUUGUGCUGUGAAUGGAAGAAAAUCUGAGCUAUAAGUAAAUAGGCCAGCACGGUUGUUGCAACUGGGGAGAACAAGUUGGUCACAUUAAUGGGAACCUGGGGACCAGUGAGCACCACAGCUCUGGCCAAGUGCCUACAGCGUGGAGUAGGCAAGCAUAGAUGCACCUCCAACCAUGAGCAAGGCACCUGGCCCACCAGGUGCAUGUCCAGAGCUGGCAUGGACACGGAUUGCUGACAUUUUGGGAUUACUGAGGAAGAAAACGGGACUCUUCUCUUUAUAUUUUUGCAUUUUGCUCUUUCAAGCUCUGCUGUGCGAUCCUUUCGAGCCGGGGAAAUAUAUUUCUGUAAAAGCCUGGCUGAAGGAAGAAUUGCCAAUCUGCAUUUUAUGAUCCUCAUCAAGUUUGUCUGAGCCAGACAUUUGUUGCACCUUUCUGCUCUUUUCCUUUUUCGGAAUGACGCCUAUUUUAACUAUUAAUGGAUAAAGAAGCACAUAAGUUUCAGAGAUUUUUCUGUUCUCAAAUCCUAAUACCUGCUGUUGCAAAGUAAUGCUAAAAUA